AUGGAAGCUGCUCAAUCGGCGACCCUGCUACCUCCUAUCUUCAGCCUUGAUGAGUACGAUUUUGGACCGGUCUUCCCUGACGAGGACCUGCUUCUCGGAGACGCAAUGCCAAGAGACGCGCCCAUCUUGCGGUCAUUGUGUCAAGACUGGCCUGAAGUGCGAGUAUCCAAGCACUCCGACCAUCAUCCAUCAGAGCAGCCUCAUCACCAAGUUCCCCUAUUCAGUUUGCAGGACAUGCGCUUCUUCCAGCACUUCAUGCUCCAAUGCUAUCCCCACCAGCCCCUAGGAAACGAGAACAUCUGGACUCACGAGAUACCAUGUCUUUCUCAGAGCCACGAAUUCCUCAUGCACGCCAUCUUAGGCAUGGCAGCCUGCGAUCUGAUGAACACAGACCCGUCCCUGCUAGCCUUCGCGAUGGCGCACCGCGUAAAAGCCAUCAAAGCAAUCAAGAAGUCCCUCGCCGACCUCCCAAAGACCGGCACUACGACGGAGCACGCCAACGCGCUCGUCGCCACGUGCUUUGCACUGACCUUCCAGUCCGUCACGUUCGAGGACGGCAUGGCCGAGUUCAUGACGUUCAUCAGAGGCAUUCUCAUCGUCGGCGCGCAGAUGAUGUGCAAAGGCAUCAAGCCUGUGUUCGUCAACAUGUUUGAUGAGGACUCCAAGGCCAUAUUGGAGCCCAAGAUGGCCAACUUGCCAUUGGUGAAGACGGAGUGGGCUGAUUCUGCGGUCGAGGCCAUCGGUGGGCUGAGGCACCUCUGUCGGCACGAAGUAGAGAUCGAGUAUUACGAAUUCAUCUAUGAGAUGGCUUCGAAACUGCACACGUCAUCCUGGGAAGCCUACCGAGCCAUCUCGAAACACUACGGCUGGUGGAUCCAGAUGCCUCACGAAAAGUUCCAGCGCGUGAUUGACAUGUCGAACCAGACGAUGAUCUUGUUGGCGACGCACUGGAUCGCGGUGCAGCAGAUCAUGGUGUCCAUCACGCGUGUCGAGCACGAGUGCCGCGAGAAGGCGCCGCAACAGGAGAGCCCGGUGGACGUGGGGAUGCUUCGCUGGCUAAAGUACUCGAACAAGCAGAUCGACCACGAGCACUUGAUCUACAACCAGUGGCCGCUGUGGGUGGAGGAUCGGCUGGACUAUGAUGUCUCUUUCUUCGGGAAGCGAUGGAGCCCAUGGAGCUAG